AAAGAGCCUCGACAUUUCCUGCUUCAUUUGUCCUGUUUGCGAGUCAAGCGAGUGUUCGUCACUUUUGUCUUUCUCUGCGGGAUUAAAAGUGACAAACAUCUUUUUGUUUCGUGCUGACAUCAUGAACUUGUUUUUAUUCUUUCUUCUGGUCGUGCAAAUGCACAGCGUGACGCCUGUGAUUCACACGCUGCAGUAUUUCGAAACUGCGUCCUCUCAAGUUCCAAACUUCCCAGAGUUUGUGAUGGUUGGUUAUGUUGAUGGAGUUGAGAUUAGUUACUAUGACAGCAACAUCAGGAAAGCAGAAUCCAAACAGGACUGGAUGAACAAAAUCACAGCAGAGGAACCAAAAUACUGGCAGAGAGAAACAGAGAUCAAUGUUGGUAAUGAGUUAAUUACCAAACACAACCUUGAAGUUCUUAAGAAGCGUUUCAACCAAACUGGAGGUGUUCACAUUUUCCAGUGGAUGUCAGGAUGUGAAUGGAAUGAUGAGACUGAUGAGGUUAAAGGUUGGGAGCAGGAAGGUUAUGAUGGAGAAGAUUACAUAUCGUUGGACAUGAAGACAUGGACAUAUACUGCAGCAAAACCACAAGCUUUCCCUGACAAACUCAAGUGGGACCAGAACAUAUUUCUACUAGACCACUAUAAGUAUUAUUACACUGAGCUUUGUCCUUCUUACUUGAAGAAGCAUGUGAAGAAUGGGAAGAAGGUCCUAAUGAGAACAGAGCUUCCAGAGGUGUUCCUCCUCCAGAAGACGCCAUCCUCUCCAGUCACCUGCAUGGCGACAGGUUUCUACCCCGACUUAGCCGACCUGUUUUGGAGGAAAGACGGCGAGCAGAUCUUCGAGGACGUGGAGCACGGAGAGCUGCUCCCCAACCACGACGGAACCUUCCAGAUGUCGGUGGAGCUGAAAGUGGAGGUGACGGCCGAGGUGGAGGGCAAGUACGAAUGUGUGUUCCAGCUGUCUGGCGUCAAGGAGGACCUGGUCACCAAGCUGGAGAGAAGAAGCAUCCUGAGCAACGCAAGCCAUGAAGACAACUGGAGCGUCGCCCUCGCUGCCACGGCGGCGGUCGUUGCUGUGGCGGCCGUCCUGGCGGCCAUCAUCAUCGUCAUGGUCAGGCGUCACAGAAACAGACAAGCCCAGUACGAUCCAGCUCGUAAGUAAAACAUCUUUUCUUUGAGCCGCAAGAAACAAAGCCGUGGUGAAGCGUCACUCACAUGGAGGUCUGAUGUGGACCUUUGUUACAAGUUUAGCCUGAAAAUCCCAACUUGAGCUGACUCCUUCACAAUAAAAGACCUUCCUGUGAGCACACGCAAUACAAAGUGUGGCAUAUCUCACGUUUGACAUGAGUCCUCAUGAUGAGGAUCAGCCAAAUGAGACCUCAAGUGUGCUGACUCAUCAAGAAGGUAUCCUAGUCAGGAAGUAGAAGAGCAGCACUCUGCUUCUUCAUGUUUCCAAGUCACACCUCAAAGAUCUGAUGUGAGUGACGAGGCACCUUCUGGAUGUUCUUCCUUCACCGUUUGCGUUUGUC